GCUUUUAUUGUCUUGUGAAUCACUUUGUAACAUCUGUUUUGAGAAGUGCUAUAUAAAUACAUUUAUUAUUAUUAUUACAUUAUGCAGACAAUUUAAGUUAUGGUUUAAUAAAUAAAUAAAUGCAAAGGCAAUAGCUUAAAUUGUCAUAUAAAUUAGUUAAGUUAAGAGUAGAACGGGUGCAUUUAGACAACAAUAAAUAAUUAAUAAGUUGUCUCUAAAAUAGCUGUGUCAAUUAUAACUUGGGCUCAAUAAAACGUGCAACAUAGUGGCUAUAACUACUAAAUUGUCUAUAUAUUUGAUAAUUCUGCAGGUCUGUAAGUGCAUACCGAUGGCUGGAAGACAGGCUCUUAGGAUGGACACUGGUAAUAGCUCCGGAGCUGCGGUGGUGGAUGACAGUCCGGCAUCCAGUCCGAGCUCCAGUCCCUGCAGCCCGGACGGUGCUCGCCGGGCCCGGGUGCUCCAGGCCGGCGGACUCAGCGGGCUCGGCGGCAGAGGACGCCCAGCAGCAGCUAACGCGGCCCGGGAGAGGAGCCGAGUGCAGACCCUGAGAACCGCCUUCCUGGAGCUCCAGAGGACUUUGCCGUCCGUGCCGCCGGACACCAAGCUGUCCAAACUCGACGUGUUGAUACUGGCCACCACCUAUAUCGCCCAUUUGACUCGAACACUGCAAGAUGAGAGCCAGGAGGAGGGAGAGAGCACAAAACAAACAGAGGCGUUACACUCACUGAAAGGUGAUGGAUACCUGCACCCAGUCAAGAAAUGGCCCAUGCGAUCCAGACUGUACGUCGGAGCAAGCGGACAGUUCCUCACCACCUCAAAUCGUUCAGAGUCAGAGAACCAAGGCCCAUCAUCAUCGUCCACCUCCAAGAAAUAAAUCAUUUGUAUGAAACCAUUUCAUAUACUGGCAUGACUUUCAUGCUGUUUACAAUCAUAAUGCUGCUGCCACAGUAUAGAUCUGAUUUCACUUCCACUAAAGCCCUGCCAAUAGGAAGACAUUGUAAAUUAAUAUAUUGAUUUUAUUGUGUAAUUUUGGAGAACAUGAUGUUUCUCUGUUGUUAUUUGGACUAAUCCUGUUUUUGCCCUGCAUUGUGCAGCUCCAUACAUGUCCCAGGUAUGAUAUUUGUAGAAAUUCCUCGGGCUAACGAGUCCGUCAUGCUUGAGGUGUGCACUUUCAGUUGAGACAUUUGCACUAAAUGCAUGUGUGAAUAACUUAACAUCUGUCAUGUGAAGUGGUCUGUCAGAGAGUCAACAAUGGAGGCUCUUCGUCUCAUGUUCCUUCUUUAUUUUUACAUGCAUGGUUGUAAAUGUUGUUUGUGAAUAAAUGACUUC